AUGUCUUCUUCGCCGCCGCCGCCGCCACCACCAGCUGCGCCGCAAGGCCGCGGAUUUACCGGCGACGGCUCUUCAUCUACGACAGCGUCAGCUUCGACAGCAACCCCAAGUUCAGAGCCAUCUUCUACGCCCUUGGUCCCACCUCCAGUGACUCCCCAAGGGCUCAUGCCUACCCGGCCAGUCAACAUUGUCCCAGCGUCAGUUCCAGCGCCACACCCAGCUUCGAGUUCAAGACCGUCUAUUACACCGUUGGUUCCGCCUCCAGCGAUUCCUCAAGGACUCAUGCCUACCCGUCCAGUCAUCAUUGUCCCGACGUCAGUCACAGCUUCAAAUUCAGGGCCAACUCCCAUAGUUCAACAAGGUUCCAAAGCCACUCGAAAUUCCAAGACCACAACUCCAUAUUUCUUGGACACAUCGUAUCCAACUCGGCCCAAUGCUGGUGGAUUACACUUUUCUAGCCUGCAGGAAGCCCAGAAAGCAUGUGACCGGGUUAUGUGGCGCGGACCUGCGGACGAUACCACUGUCCCACAAACCGACGCUGAUUGCCAGAAACACGUGCGACAGCUUGUGGAGGCUUUCAAGAGUGUUGAUGAUGCGAGGGACAGAAAGACUGGCUGCUACAUACGUCGCUUCCUGAAGGCGGGUAGUAGUUCUAACACUGGAUUUUAUCCGGAUUGGACCAUCGAAGUCUGUGCUUGGAUGAUUCUCGGUGAGGCUUUGAAAAUCUACAUCAAUGGUUUCAACGGUCCUGUCUUUGAUAAGGAAUUGCUGUCGCAUUUCGAGCAGUCCAGAGAGAUGACCUUCCAGGAUCGCAUCCAGACGAUUUGUAACGUUCUCAAGACCACCAAGAACAUAGCCGUUACCCUCCUCAAGGGCGAGAAAAUCCUCACUCUAGUCGGCUCACCGCAAAAGCUCUUGCAUGCCGCUGAAACCAACGCCAAGUCGAAUGCGAAUCGCAAUGAGUGGGUCAAGAUUGGCCGUAAAGCCGAUCCGAAUUACAAGGAGGGAACAACCACCAAGCGAAGGAAGAGAAACACUACCUCCGCUUCUGGCGAGAAUGCUCCUUCGGCCACUCUACCCCUUUCGGCGGAUUACAUUGCUGCUCAAGAGCUCUCCGAAGUCGAUAGCCAGAUGGGUAAUACAAUAUCCUCCGAGCCAGCCGACGUCAAUUCUCCAGAUCAGGGCGAAGACGUGGAGAAGAAGGCUGACAACAAUGACAGCGGCCAUGACGAGACUCAGGAAACAAGGGGCAGGGACGUAAUCGACAGUGACGGUGGUAGAGACACAGAUCGUUCUAACGACCACGGCAUGGAUGUACAACAGACAGAAGAUGGAGAUGCCGAUCAGAUUAUGGAGGAUGUGAUGGCUUCUUCUCCGCGACAGGCCGGCAGCGUUCAAGUAUCUUCACUUCCGGCUCGAAACGACACACUUGCUACCAACGAGACGUCGAUGGAGGUUCAAGUUGCUCAGACUUCCAACACUGCGGCUUCUGCUUCAACCUCUGCGAACAUACAUGUGACCGAGGAUCUGCGAACGGAGGUUAGUGGCGCUGCGACUAUGGGAGGUUUGAAAUUAGAGCUUCCCUUUCGCACCAACGGUCAGGGACAGUAG